UCAACCACUUCCAGACAUCAUGGCUUGCAAAAUCGCCCUCAUCAGCGCCGCCAUCCUGCUUCUCCUAGCACUAACCCACGCAGCUCCCGCCGAAGAAAAACCAGUGGACAUCCUCAAAGAAGAAGCAGGGAAGGAUGACAUAGCCCCAGCCGAUGACAAGGAAGAUCUCAAAACCGCAGCCUCGCAUUGGGGCGGUCACUGGGGAGGUUACGGCCAUUACGGGGGCCAUUACGGCGGUUACCCCCAUUACGGUUACGGGUGGGGGUACCCUAGCUUCGGUUACGGGUACUGGCCCUACGGUGGGUACUACGGCCACGGUUACGGUGGGUACGGUGGCUACGGAUGGUGGUAAAUGAUGAUGAUGAACGAUGAUAAUGCCAGUAUUAAUUUAUAAGUUUCGACGUUCGGAUUCUGCGAGUAAAUAAUUUAGUUUUUUGUGAAGAGAUUGGUAGGUUAGUUUCAGAUGAAAAUAUAAAAAUAUGUAGUACAUUUUAUGUCUACUGAUAUAACCCACACGAUUUUUUAUACUACAUUCUGAUUUAUUAUAGUUUUUUGUUUUUGAUGGAAAAAAUAUUUUGUAACCUACCAUGUGAUAUCAUGUGUGGGCAAUCUCAUUACUUGCCGGUAAAAAUGUAUAAUAUUUAAUUAAGAUAGAUUUAUGACGUUAAACAUUUUGUGAAUUUUAUAGACAUAAAAAAUAUAAAAGGAUACCUAUAAAGAUACGGAGUCUGUAAUACAGACUAAGUAUCAAUCAAUUUUAUACUUUAUCUACUAAUCCAAAAGAUCACAUUUAGCAUAAAGCCAAAAAACUGAUACUAUCUGGACAUUUCAUUCAUGUUUUUGGAUAUGUACAUGUGUGCGUGACUUGUAGACCUACAUAUUUAUAUGUACAUAUAUUCAGAAAUAUAUACACACAUAGUUUGUAUACAGUUACUCUAUUUGUGUAUUCCUAUGGUGUGUUAUGGGAUUAUUCGUAUGGUAACAGAAUUGUUUUGGCAUUUUACCGUUUUUUUUAUAUUGUUUGCAAAUUAUUGUAUCGACCUACAUGGAAGGAAUUGUACUUAGAUUGUGAUAUAUUUUUAGAAAUCAAUCGGUGAAUUGAUAUUGUGAGUUCAUCGUAUACUUUGUACUACAAUAUUUACUAAUAUUAUAAAUGCAAAAGUCUGUCUAUCUGUAUGUCUGACGGGCUUUUACUACACAACUAUUGAAGCAAUUUAAAUUGAACUUGGCACAAAGAUAUUCUAGAGCCUGAGAAGGGCCAUGGGCUAUUUUCCUCCCAGGAUGUAUUCGGUUAUUAUCAUUCGGAAAAUUCAGUAUUUAUUGAUUGGUUUUUGUAUAAACUCUUUCACAUGUUAAUAAAAUUCACGAAUGUACAUAAAAGUAAAUGUAAUAAGUGAAUUGUACCACUGCCUUAAGUAAAUUGUAACAAUGUAUAAUGUAAAAAUAGUGAUAAAAUAUACAGUUUAUUUAUUAAAUUAUGAUUGAAUGAAUUUAUAUUGUUUUCU